AUGUCUUUGAAUCAAGUGCAAAUCAAGCAGGAAAUCACCCUCCCACCUGGCCUCAGCAAAACCGUUUCAAAGGAAAGCCAAGAGCCUGUGCCAUGCACUGAGCCAGUCCAAUGUCCACAGCAACAAUCUGAAGUCCAAGACCCAACACCUUGCCCAGAACCAGUCCCAGAAGUGGUGGCAAAAUGCCCAGAAAAAACAGUGCCAUUGCCAACACCGGUGGUGGAACCAGGCAAGGGAGAAACAUCAGAGGUUGUUAUACCCGAGUGUCCACCCCAGGAGCAACAGCAACAACAGCAAUGCAAGUUACCACCAACUUUCCCAACUGUAUCAUGCCCUGAAGAGAAAGCAGAGUGCAAAGAGCUGCCUGUGCCAGACCCUGUUUCCUGCUCUGAACCAACUGCAAGUGUGCUGGAGAAGCAAGAGUGUAAGGAGAUUCCUUUGCCAGUUCCUACUACCUUCUCAGAGGCUGCAGAAUGUCCCCAAGAGAAGCAGCAAUGCAAGGAGAUCCCUGUGCCCAUCCCUGUUGCAUCCCCUGAACCUGCACAAUGCCCCCAGGAGAAGCAGGAGUGCAAGGAGAUACCUGUGCUCACCUCAUGCCCUCCAGAGAAGCAGGAGUGUAAGGAGACCCCUGUCCAAAUUCCUGUCCCAUCCCCUGAACCUACACCAUGUGCCCAAGAAAAACAGCAGUGCAAGGAGACCCCUGUCCAAAUCCCUGUUCCAUGCCCUGAACCUGCACCGUGUUCUCAGGAGAAGCAGCAGUGCAAGGAGAUCCCUGUGCCCAUCCCUGUCCCAUCCCCUGAACCUACACCAUGUCCCCAAGAGAAGCAAGAGUGCAAGGAGAUCCCUGCGCCCACCCCAUGCCCUCAAGAGAAGCAGGAGUGCAAGGAGAUCCCUACUCCUUGCCCUGAGCCAGAGAAGUCCUCCCUUCCAGAGAAGUGUCCUCCCAUCGAGCAGCAGCAGGUGAAACAGUCCAUCCAGUGGCCACCAGCGCAGAAGUAA